CUUUUUUCCUGAAAACAAAAGCUGUCUGCCCUCUGCUAAUGGCAAAUCCCGUUUUGUAUUCUUUAAGCAAUUAAAAUUAUCCCAAGAAGAUACAGCAGGAAGGAAGUGGUUUCAUAUACAUUAAGGAAAAAAGGGGAACCUCCAUUUCUUCUUUCUCUGUCCCUCAUUAAAGAGUACCCGGCAAUGGAAACCCCGCCAGCUUAGUUAUAAUACCAUUUUCUGUCCCCAACUCCACUCUCAUUAUUUGUCUCUAACCAAAGAAACUUCACCCAAAGUCACCUCCUUUCCAUCAACUCACCUCCACCAUUCACCGUUCGAUAUGUCAGCUUCCAAUUCAUCCAAACAGCUCUUCUCCUUCUAUGCCCUGUUUUUCUUCUCCUUGAUUUGUUCUAUCAAAUCCGACGAGCUUCAAGUACUUCUCAAGCUGAAAUCCGCCCUCCAAAGCAUGUCAAUGUGGUGAAGUUGUACUGCAGCAUUACUAGUGAGGACUCAAGCUUGUUGGUAUAUGAGUACUUGCCUAAUGGUAGCUUAUGGGAUAGGCUUCACAAUUGUAAAAAACUCGAACUCGAUUGGGAAGCAAGGCACGAGAUCGGGUUAGGAGCGGCAAAGGGACUCGAGUAUCUUCACCAUGGAUGUGAGAGAUCGGUGAUUCACCGGGAUGUCAAGUCCAGUAACAUAUUGUUGGAUGAGUUCUUGAAGCCUAGGAUUGCUGAUUUUGGCCUUGCCAAGAUUGUUCAGGCCAAUUCUAAUAAGGACUCCACCUCCUCACAUGUCAUUGCCGGUACCCAUGGUUACAUAGCUCCUGAAUAUGGUUACACAUGCAAAGUGAACGAAAAGAGUGAUGUUUAUAGCUUUGGAGUGGUGUUAAUGGAGCUAGUGAGCGGAAAAAGGCCGAUAGAACCGGAAUAUGGAGAGGGCAAGAACAUUGUUCAUUGGGUUUGCAGCAAAUUAAAGACCAGAGAGACCAUACUAAGCAUUAUAGACCCAAAAAUCUCAAGUGCCUAUAAAGAUGAUGCCAUCAAGGUACUUAGAAUUGCAAUUCUGUGCACGGCAAGGCUACCAGAGCUAAGACCCACAAUGAGAAGUGUUGUUCAAAAGUUACAAGACGCCGAGCCCUGCAAAUUGGUUGGCAUAGUCAUCGGAAAAGAUCCCGAUGCCAAGAGAAAGGGAGCGACAGAUACUGGCAAGUUUAAUCCAGAGCCAUAGGCCUCUAAAAUUGGCCUUUUGGGCAUUUUGUCAUGGCUUGUAGAAUUGUUGUAACAUAUUGUAGUUGUAAAAUAUUAUGUAGAGGGUAUUGUGUGCUAAUGAUUUCCUUAAGGGGUAAGUAAAGCAUAAGAAAAUGCAAAAGCUCCAAGGAAACGAUGGAUGCUUGCAUCAUGUUUCAGAAGCCAAAUUAAUAAGAGAAAUGCAGACAACAGUGUCUUGCAUUGUUUGUGAGAUUAAUUGGAGCUAUCAAUUUUGGGUGGGG